GCGUGAAUAGGAACUUUUAUCUCACAAAGCCAAAUGGACAAAAAUCCAUUUGUUUUGUUACUGUUGGAAAUGAAUAGUUGUUUAAUAUUUUUGCGUUCAUGUGCGUCAGCGUAAUUAGUUAUAAUUAGAGUUUUUUGGACCAAGUUAUAUAAAUUGAACACGUGUCUUGUAACUUUUGAGUGGUUAGUUACUAAGUAUUGGAUAUACUUUAUGGUUUGAAGUGCUGUGGAAAAUACUUUAAAGAUAAUCGACGGUGAUAUUUGGAGUAGUUAUUGUCACACUUGUUACUUUUAUGUGGUUUAUACCAUUCCACCCAAAAUGGACCAAUAAAUUUAAUAGCAAUAUGUCGAAAAGAGGUCUUAUAUUCUUUAUACGUAAUUGUUAUACGUAAAAUAUAAGGAAGUUUAUACACGCAAGGAUAAAUCAUGGUUAGGCUGGACAAGUGUGUGGAAGCGCUGUAUGACAGUGUGACUGCGGACACAAGGAAUAAGAACUUAUCCAUUCUCACUGUCAUGAAAGGGGCGAUAAGCAUGUCAAGAAGUAAAACAGGGGAGUGCAUCUUUCGUACAAACAAAACAGAACGGAAAAAUCUCGAGCGUUUGAUCCGAAUUGAGGGGAGACACGCAAGCUACAGUAUUGCUCAGAUUGAAACGCAGCGGAAAAGUGUGAUCAACCGGUGGUCAAAGGUUCUUGAGAACCAGACCUCGUGCAGUGCGGAAGUUUUGUUUGAAGAGCUUAUGGAUAUCAAUGACGGGAAUGAUAUGAAUCACGAAAUUUCCUUGCACCGUGAAAGUCCUACUCACAGUGAAAGCCCCGAGCCCAAGGAUGUUAAACUUAAAACCUUGAUAGAUAUAAGACUAGCAAAGCUUGAAAAUGAAAAUAACAAUAGUGGUUUUGAGACAGUAAUGGCGGACCGGAAACGUCACAGUCGAUAUAAUCUCGAGAGAAAGGCAGCAGACGACUUGGCUAGUGCUGAUUCAGACACGGAAUUUGUAACCGAGCGUAAAGAUAUUCGGAAUAAAUACUCCGGGGAUGAUGUUGUAAAGCUAGAACCGCCAACAAAAGAUGGCGAUGGCAAAACGGUUCAUAGAAUAGGCCUAACCAAAUCUAGGACUGUACAUUUACCCUCUGUCCGCCGACAUAAUACGGAAGUUGUAUCAAAAUCAGAUGACACACCGGCGCCAGCGUUAGAACGCGACAUGACAGACUGGGGUAACUGGUCGCUGAAAGACAAAUCCUGGAUAAAUGGUUAUCUUCGCCGAGAAAGGACAAGACACGCAGAUUUGAUUAUUAGAAAUGCUUUGAAUAAAAUAGAAACAGACAUGUCCGGAACGCACAAAAUCAGACGACAGCAAAUGCGGCAAAAACUCCAAAACGAAAAGCAGCAACGGGAAGCGGAAAUACGGCGAAAGGAGCGUGCGCAGAAGGAAGCGGAACUGUCACGCGAGAUAGCUUUGUUAUCGUCUGCAAGUGGGAAAAGCACACCAGACAGAGCUAAAGUCGCAAUCAAAACUGUUCCAGUAGUAAAGCGUGUUGUAUUUCAAGAGCCUUUAAAUAUAACUGGGAACCCAGACGGUCAAGAUCCUUUGAGUGUGACUGGAAACUCAGUCAGUCAGAAAACAAAUUUUAGUGUGCAUAAAACGAAUAAAUGUAAAAAACGAUACAAGCCAUUGGCCAACACCUUCAAUCAUUUACCGGUGAUUCAAGAAGGUUCAAGGCUGGUGAAAGUUACAUCUACGUAAUCAUAUAAAAACAUUUUGGGGCCUAUUUUUAAAAUGGCACAUACUUCGACUAAUGAUGACAUUCAAGGUGAUGACCUACACGACAAAGGCUUGCCAAACAAAAAUGCUACGCAAACAUUCAAAUUAGAAAUAUGCACAUCUUAAAUUAUGUUAUAGCUGGGAAUAAUGAUAAGGAGGCUUCCCAAACUUUCAGAUUCCAUCUUCAUGUGCGAAAAGUUUUUCUUUUUUUGUGUGUGUUUUUGUUUUCAUCUUUUUAUCUACAGUAUGAAAUCCUGUAAACUGAAACAUUCUUUAAAGCUUAUUCUAUGAAUUUUGUCUUGUGUUUGUGCAUAUUCUACUUCAUCUUAUUUUCAUGUGUUUUUGUUUGUUUUCAGUCUGCAUGUAAAAAAUGCAAUAAAAAAUAUCUGCAAGAAAAAA